CCUAAAAAACCACGACUUAUUAGCAAUUACUUGUAUACCUCCCUUAAUUAUUACACCCUCAAUUUUGGUUAUUAGUUUUUUUCUUUCUGAAAACCUUGUAAAACAUAAUGUGUCCCUUGCCUCCAUCUUUCUUUUGUAUUUCCGAUGGCUUGACUCUGCCGCCGUCUUUUCGCCACGCCGCCGCCGUCCUACAGGUUCAUGUCGUCCAACAUGUCUCAACCAUUCUGAAAACCACCAUUUUUCUCAUUCCUAUUUUUUCUCAUUCCCUGCAUUUUCGGAUCGCAAUGGAAACCACCGCCGCAAUAACAACCACAACCACCAAAGGUGUCGGUGGAAUAAAAGGCGGCAAAGGGAAGAAAGCCGUUUCAAAGUCCUCCAAAGUCGGUCUUCAAUUCCCCAUUGGUCGUAUCGCGAGGUUCAUGAAGAAAGGACACUAUUCUCAGCGUAUUGGCACUGGUGCUCCGAUCUACCUCGCCGAGGUUCUUGAAUUGGCUGGGAAUGUUGCAAGAGAUAACAAGAAGAACAUAAUUAACCCCCCUAGACACGUGUGUCUUGCUGCGAGGAACGUUGAUGAAUUAGGAAAAUUGCUUCAAGGUGUGGCAAUUGCUAGUGGUGGAGUUUUGCCAAAUAUUAACCCUGUGUUGUUGCCAAAGAAAAAUGGUUCUGCUGCUACUGAGAAAUCUACUAAGUCCCCUAAGAAAUAGAUUUUUCAAUUGUAUAAUCUUACUUUUAAUGUAAUUUGUUUUUCAUUUUCAUUUAGACCUAACUAUUUCGUUGGAAGAAAAAUAUAGUGGUUGGUUAAAUAUGAAUGAAGUUAUGUUAUUUUCUAGA